UAGAAAUAUGCUGGCCAACAGAAACUGUCCCAACUCAGGACAGUUACUUGUAACUCACUGCUAAUAGUAAAGUAACUCAGUGCUGCUGAAUCGUCAGCAGUAUUAUGUCAUCGAUGAAGCUCACGCUACCUAAAGUUAGAACUAACUACUAUACUAACUACUGUCACUGAAAGGCACCGGAUACAAAACCGUAACUUCCUCGACAGUACUUAAUACUGUCUAAGAGAAAAUGGGAAGACUAGAAAACUCCUGCAUUUAACGCAGUCCCUUGUGAGGCCUCUUCCCCAGGUUCCGGUGAGCACAGCAAGACAAAUCAUCACUUGGUCGUAAUGAGGCAGCUUAAAGGCAAGCCGAAGAAAGAAACCUCUAAGGACAAGAAGGAGCGCAAGCAGGCAAUGCAAGAAGCCCGUCAGCAGGUUGCUACUGUAGUCCUGCCCACACUGGCUGUAGUGGUCUUACUUAUCAUCGUCUUUGUCUACGUGGCCACCAGGCCUGACGCUAUUGAGUAGACACUAAAGAAGCAUCUACUUCCCAACUGUUGUGGCAAAUUGACUUGGUUAUAUCGAAAGGAUUGACCCUAUCAUGUGAUGACCAUCCUUGUGCAGGCCAGUUACUGGGCCUAGGACUAUUGUUUAUUUUAAGGAAACCCUUCUUCAAAGUGUGUCUUCAUGCUGCAAAAAGAAGAAAACAUUGCUCCUUGGUGCCUUCAAGUGUAUGAGGGUAAAACCACAUUUAAUCUUGGUUGUUAGAGUUACAGCCACUGAUGGAUUUGUGUGUAUGUUUUACAAAACGGUGCACUAUCCUGCGUACCAAAGUACUUAUGCAGAGCUUUCAAAAUGUGACCACAGGUGUUUAAUGUCUAAAAUGUUCAAUGUAAAACAUUGGUCUUGUGACUUGUGCUGUUAAAAAUAUUUCAAAUCAAUGCAAACAAGGUCCCAGGCCUUUACCACACUUUAGACAUAUCUGACAUUUACAGUAUCUGUAAAAAUAUGUGUGACAUGUUUAGAAUAAUUCUUGUGCCUACCUUAUGUGAAUGUCACUGUGAAAUAUUUUAUUUUAAGACCAGUAGGAUCACACAUGCAUUUCUUCAUCUUCAAAAUGUUUAGAAACCUGAUCCGCAAAGUCAUUGACAUCCAAACAUUUGAGUCAUUCAUGACUUGUUCAAAGUGUAACAAAGUGCCUUAUAAGAGAUUUGCAUUUUUGCAAAUAAAGAGGUAAAACACAAUGUGA